AUGAAACCCACAAAUCUCACUCUGCUCCUAACCAUCCUGCUGCUGGCAACGGCCGCCGUGACCAUCGCGACCCGACCCGACCCCGACGGGUCGGCCCAGCAGAAGAAAACGUCCAGUAAAGGUGGCGCGAACGACGUCCCCGGGAUGGGCGGGUUCUUCGGGCCAGGAGGCGGGUUCAACGUACCCGGGUUCGGGCCGGUGGCCGGCGGAGGGUACGGAUCCGGGUUCGGCGGCCCGACCGGCGGUCGGUCCAAGAGCGGCAUCGUGAGGAACCCCGUCACGUGCACGGAAAAAGGCCCGUGUUACAAAAAGAAGCUUAUCUGCCCGAAAAAGUGCUUCACGGCGUACGGCGGGUCGGGGAAGGGCUAUGGCUACGGCGGCGGUGGCGGCAGCUGCAACAUCGACUGCAAGAAAUGUAGGGCCACUUGCUGA